AUGAACAACGCACCUGAAACAUCGCAAACUCCGGCAACCGCCAUCUCGCCAACAGUAAUCCCGAUCAACCAUGAAAACGCUGAAGUAUCUGGAGUAUCCGUCGGACUACGAAUUCCACCUAUAUGGAGAGACAAGCUACGAGGAUGGUUCGCACAUUUCGAAGCUGUAAUGUCACCCCACAAGAAGAGUGAUCAAGCCGUGUACGAGCUUGUGCUGGGACAGCUGGAACGUCAAGACAUUGAUGAGGUCUACGACAUUUUGAAGCAUCCACCUGAGAAAAACAAAUACCAAACCAUCAAGAAACGACUACUGGAAGUGUACGAAGACUGUGCACAGAAAAAUGUCCAACGUGUGAUCGCCGGAAUGGAACUUGGUGACCUCAAGCCAUCACAAUUAUUACGCCGAAUGCAAAACCUUGCCGACGACCAUCUACCUGAAAUUACGCUGCGAGGAAUGUGGCUCAACCAACUACCUUCAAACAUAAGCUCAAUUCUUGCAAUUAGUGAAAAGUCAAGCCUGAGUGAAGUUGCCAUGAUGGCAGAUAAGAUGAUGGACCAGCAGUCACAACGUGAAAUAUCAGCUGUAUAUCAACGACCACAGCCAACUCCAUCAACAUCUACCCCACAACAAGAAGUAUACGCAGUGAAUCAGCAGUACACACCUAGUUCGUCAAGAUACCGCACUCUAGAAGAGAAGAUUGACAAGUUAACGGAAGCUGUGACACUUUUAGUGACUGCAAUCGCAACGGCCAACAACUAUCGAGGCAGAACAACCCAGCGCUGGCAAAACGGUCGCUCCUACUCAAGAUCGCAGAGCCGAGGCCGCUAUUCACAAUCACAACGCAGUGCAACGCCCAGCAACUCGCCGUAUUGCUAUUUCCACCGCAAGUUUGGUCAUCAAGCUAAAAAAUGUGCAGAACCCUGUACAUUUCUGAAGACAACACAUCAGGAANCACACCUGGUUCGUCAAGAUACCGCACUCUAG